UCCACCCCUUAGCUUUAGUUUUCGAUCUCUCACAACAUUUCACAAUUCUAUCCACCCAAACACAUUCUUAAUUAAUAAUAUCACAUCAAAUUUUGCUUAGCUUCUUCCAUCUCUUAAUACUUUCUUCUCCAUAUACGGAGUAUUACAUUAUAUAUGUACAAAUAACUAAAUUGUGUUGCAGAUUAUUUCAUCAAUGCUGCCCUCAUUGCUUGUUCUUCUCUGCUUCCUGCUUGUGCUCACAACUUCUUAUGAUGCUGCUGCUGUUGUUCACAACAGCUAUGGGGACAAACAGGUCUUGUCAUUGCAGAAGCUUCAAUGGAGAAAGCAGCUGUACAACAACCAGCUUAACCCUUCAAGGUCUCCAGCCCAGAAAUCAAGUGAGUUUUGGGAAUAUAAAUUUUCUAUUUUAAUUAAAGACGAUAUAUGUAUUAUCAUUUUCCACUGGUGGGCAUUUGCCUUUCUUUGGAUCUGUUUUUCCCUAAGCUAACCAAUAUAAUCACCUUUGCAUUGUGUAAAUCAACCAUUAACGAUAAUGUUGGUCUAAGCAUUUAACUAUCCUAAUAAUCAUUAAAGAUCUUGGUUCCCAUCAGUAGUGUUAUUGGCUAUAUUUGCUGAAUCUUGUUAAUGAUUUAAUAAUCAUUAAAUCUAUUUUAGCUCAAGAAGCUAAGGAAGUCAAAAGCUACUUAUUUCGCUUCUAAGCUAAAUAAGCCAAUUAUUGCGGCCAAACGGAGCCUUAAUCUUAAUUGCAACCUACUUAACUUUACCUUGGUGGACCUUAACUUCAUCACAAUAAUAAUAAAAAUAAUAUUAGUAAUAAUGAUAAUAAUAACAACAUACCAUAUUGUUACUAAUAUUGUUAAUUAUUGAAUUUAUGUCAUUUGUUUCUUGUUAGUUCUGCUACCAAGUGUCCAGUGUUCUCUUUUAAGGCAAACCAGAAGUAAAUUUUGUACAUUCAAGAGAAAAGGGUCAAAUAAGGCCUUCUACUAUUACUACGGACAUGUACUCAAUAAAGUGUCAUAUAAGUACCUCUACUUGUAAAAAACAAUCAAAUGAGUCCUAACGAUCUAUUUACAACCUCCUAAUUCCGGUUUUAGCUUACAUGUCGAUUUUUUGACUUAUAUUUCAACCAAUCUUAGUUAAAUAUUCGACGUAUGCCGUAUAUAUAUUCUAAAAAGAUGGUCACAAGUACGCUAAAACCGGGAUUAAGAGGUGUUAAAUAGGUCAUUAGGACACUUUAUUGAGUACGUGACCUUAUGUGACUAUUUCAUAAUAGUAGAAGGCCUUAUUUGACCUUUUUCUCUACAUUCAAAGUACACCGGUAGGCGUAACUCAACUGGCAGCGAGGGAGUGCCACAAGGGUUAGGUCCCGGGUUUGAAUCCCGGCAACUGCGAUGAGAGGUUACUACACUAAAAAUGCAUAGGGCCUCUGCAAGUACCGGGGACGGAGCCCCACUCUCUGUCUGUCAGAUUGUGAUUAUAGUCCAAUUUACAUCUCCCGUCAUGCCGCCCGGUCGGUGUUGGGGGCCCUCAGGCCUCAGGGAUGGGGUGUCAUCUUUUUUGUACAUUCAAAGUACGUACAACUGUACAAGCUUUAUCUAUACAUUAUAUUUUGCUAUGUUUCACUCUACUGAUUUGACUACAGGGAAAGAAAAUGGCGCAAUAGUACUGGAAAUGAGGCAUACAGAUCACUUCUUCAUGUCUUCUGGAUCAUUGAUAAAGAAUUGGGAUCAAUGGCAGCAGCAACUUAUAAGAGAUGAUGAAAUUCGGGUCGGGUCAAUACAAUCGUGGGUCAAGAGCGCAGAAGACUCAGCCCAAUCUUUUACCCAGACCCAACCAAUCACGUCCGGUCUCAAACUACAGACUCUAAACUACAUUGUGACCAUAACCAUAGGCACCACGAACAUGACAGUCAUUGUAGACACCGGGAGUGAUCUGACAUGGGUUCAAUGCCAGCCGUGCACCUCAUGUUAUACCCAACCACAACCUCUCUAUAACCCUGAAUCCUCACCUUCGUAUCUUUCCGUUCCAUGCAAUGCCACAGCCUGUCAUAAUCUCUCAACCGGGAAUUCAGGUCUUUGUAGGGGGAGCUCGAGUGUGUGCAACUACACGGUAAGCUAUGGGGAUGGGUCCUACACUAAUGGGGAGCUAGGUAGGGACCGUUUAGUUCUCGGAAGCACUUCCAUUGAUGGAUUUGUAUUUGGGUGUGGGAAGAACAAUAAAGGUCUGUUUGGUUCAGCCUCAGGCCUAAUGGGGCUAGGAAGGAGUGACCUGUCUUUGAUUUCUCAGACAUCUGAUGUUUUCGGGAGGGUUUUCUCGUACUGCUUGCCUUCUUCAACUGAUUCUGAGAAUUCCAAGGGCUCCUUGGUUUUCGGAGGCGAUUCGCUGCUUUUCAAGAACUCUACACCCAUCUCUUACGCUGCAAUGGUUCAGAAUCCACAGCUUUAUAGCUUCUACAUUCUCAACCAUACAAGAACAAGUAUAGGUGGGGUUUUGGUUCAAGAUUCGAACAGAAGCCAUAUGAUGAUUCUCGAUUCUGGGACAGUUAUUACCAGACUUCCACCGUCUAUCUACAAAGCUUUCAAGGCUGAAUUCUUGAAACAGUUCUCAGGAUACACUAUAGUGACAGGCUACUCAAUUCUAGACACCUGCUUUGAUUUCUCAGCCUAUGAGGAGGUGAAUAUUCCAACUGUCACACUUCAGUUUGAGGGUGGUGCUGAGCUCAGCGUGGACAUCACUGGGAUUUUCUACUUUGCUAAGAGUGACGCUUCUCAGGUGUGUUUGGCUAUGGCAAGCCUCACUUAUGAGGACGAUAUUGGGAUUAUCGGAAACUAUCAGCAGAGGAACACCAGGGUCGUAUACGACACGAAUAAUUCACGAGUGGGGUUUGCAAAAGAGGUUUGCAGUUUCGUGUAAUUUGGCCAAGUUGGGAAUUGACAGUGUGGCAACCUGAGCACAAGCCUUCAGAACACUACCACAGUAAUUGGUGUAAUAUCUGCUAGUUUAAUGUGCUAGGGGUUGCAGUAUAUAUGUAAUGCACGGAAGUUCUAAAAGCUAAGAAUGUAUCAAUGUAGCACAAUCAAGUGGGGAUGGACUGGGCCCGGGCGAUCCGACCCGGGACCCGGACCCGGGACCCGGACCCGGGACCCGGACCCGGGGUAGAACGUGUCGGGAUUCGAGCUUGAUUUUUUGGGACCAGCCCAGCCAGGGCCGAUCCCGAUCCGGGCGUAACCGCUACUUUUUCAAAAAAAAAAAAUAGAGGGUGGGCCCGACCCGGGCCUGGUACUGUUUGGGCCCAGACUGAGACUGGUACCGGGCUUCACUUUUUCAGUACCACGACCCACUAGGCCCGGGCCCGGCCCGAGCCCGACCCUACAAUCAAGUGUAAUAUUCAUCUUGACGUGUAUGGUGCACAGCUUUGGGAUCAAUCCAAGUAAUUAAUUGUAUAAUAACCUUUUCAUG